AUGGUUCGUAACCGGAAAAGAAAAACGGAUAUAGGGCUUCAUAAUGAAGCAGAUAUGAAAGAAGCAGUAGCCUUAGUUGAAGGAGGUAAAACUUUAAGAGAAGCAGCAAAUCUGAAGAAUGUUAAUUUUAGCACAUUGUAUAGGUAUUGCAAGAAAAAAAAGGAAAACCCAGAAGAAGAGGGACAGGUCGUGAGAUAUACGCCCAACUACAAAGUGCGAACAGUGUUUACAGAAAAUCAAGAACAAAAAUUAAAAGAGUAUUUAAUUACGUGCGCCAAAAUGUCAUAUGGACUGGACACCAUUGAGGCAAGAAAGUUGGCUUACGAAUUAGCUUCACAUCUUAACCUUGAGACUCCACAGUCGUGGAAAGACCGUAAAAUAGCUGGUAUAGACUGGCUUUAUGGCUUUCGGAAACGGAACCCGGAUUUAUCAUUAAGAAAACCGGAACCAUGCAGCCUUUCACGCGCCACCUCGUUCAAUAGGCACAAUGUGAUGAUGUUUUUCGAUAACUUAGAGGAUGUGAUGAAGAGACAGUCUACAUUUGGAAAUGGCACGCGUGUUUUUGCAUUAGACGAAACAGGCACAACAACAGUGCAGAAGCCUAAAAAAAUUUUAGCACAAAAGGGGUCUAAACAGUUAAAUAAGGUAACAAGUGGAGAAAGAGGGACACUUGUGACUACUUGUUGCAUUGUUUCAGCAACAGGUACUGCAUUGUCUCCAGCCAUGGUGUUCCCUCGAAAACAUUUCAAGAACUUCAUGAUAAACAAAGCUCCAAUAGGGACUCUGGGGCUUGCCCAGCCAACGGGAUGGAUGAAUACUCAGUUAUUUGCUGAAGUUAUGAAGCAUUUUGUCAAGAUAACCGGUUCAUCGAAAGACAAUCAAAGCCUUUUAAUACUUGAUAACCAUGAAAGUCAUCUUUCACCAGAGGCUUUAAAUAUUGCCAAAGAUAAUGGCGUGACCAUACUAACAAUUCCGCCUCACACGAGUCAUAGGUUGCAGCCAUUAGAUGUUUCAGUGUUUGCUCCAUUACAAACCUAUUAUAAUGCCGCAGCCGAUUCUUGGAUGAUGCGAAACCCAGGAGUGCCGAUUUCAAUUUAUUGUGUCGCAGAAAUCUUGGGAACUGCUUUCGAAAAAGCCAUGACCCCUGUCAAUAUUAAGUCAGGUUUCCGCAAAUCAGGAAUUUUCCCGUUCGACCGCAAUAUUUUUAAUGAUGAUGAUUUUAUGCCCAGUGAGGUAACCAAUCGUACCGAUCCCAAUGAAAAAACUAUGCCUGACGCGGAAUCAUCUCGAACUAACAAUGCGCGUGACCAAGAAUUUGAUUUAUCCAGAACCCCAUCUCCUAGCCUCAUCGAAGAAACGGACUGUAAUAAGUUACAACUACUAAGAAAUAAUGAUAGACAGACGCCUCAGAAAAGUUUUGCUCAGGUGCAAGAAGAUGAUAUGACUGAAAACAUAGACUUAGUUCAAAUAGAUGCAUCGAAAUUGGAGAAGCAAAAUAAUAAAAAUGUUUCAACGGCAGGUAAACAUCUUCAUGGCAUUCUCAAAAGUCCACUUGAAUGCAGAGACUAUCCCAAAGCAAAGCCUCGAUUAAGCUCAUCAAAAGGAAGACAAAGAGGUAAAACGAUAAUAGCAACAGAUACACCAAUUAAAAAAGAAAUUGAAGAAAAAGCCCUAUUAAAAGAAGAGAAAAAACUUAUGAAGAAGGAGAAAGAAAUUGAGAAAAUAAUAAAAAAAAAAGAAAAGAAAACUAAGCAAGAGAAACCAGAAUCAA